UGUCGUGAAAAGAAAAUAAUAAAAAGUAGCAGCCCGAGGACAUGUACUUUUUGCUUUUUCAUUGAACCUUGAUGCAACCGUUUGAUAGCAAAAUGUCGGAAAAUUAGGGCAUCGAAUUGUUUGUGAGCAUCUCAACUAAAAUGCCCACCAACAGAAAGUAUCGGCGUGAUCAAAGUGAAGUCAGUUGUUGCCUGAAGUAUCUCAUAUUUGGAUUCAAUGUAAUAUUCUGGCUAACUGGGCUUGGAAUCAUGGCUGUUGGAAUCUGGGCAUGGACAGAGAAAGAUACAUUCAGCAACUUGCAAAGACUUACAAACGUGGCUUUAGAUCCAGCAUUCAUUCUGAUUGUUGCUGGAGCCGUUACCUUCAUCAUUGGAUUCACAGGCUGUGUUGGAGCACUCAGAGAAAACACUGUUCUUCUUUCAGCAUAUGCAAUCUUUCUUGCAAUCCUUUUGUUGCUCGAAAUGACUGCUGGCAUUCUAGGUUUUAUAUUUAAAGAUUGGAUAAAACAACAAGCCACAGGAGGCUUUCAGGCAUUCAUUGUACAUUAUCGUGAUGACCCUGAUCAACAAAAUUUGAUUGAUUGGAUACAGGAAGGAUGGCUUCAAUGCUGUGGUAUAGAAGGCCCUAAGGAUUGGGAUAGAAACAUUUAUUUCAACUGCUCAUCUGCAGAAGUGGGAAGUCGAGAAGCCUGUGGUGUUCCUUUUAGUUGUUGCAAACCUCAACCAAAUGAAAUUAUAAAAAACAAACAGUGUGGAUACGACGUUAGGAAACCGGAUUAUCCAGGCGAUCGGAGCAUGGUUGUAUACGACCGGGGCUGUUUGAGGGCAGGGGAAGAUUGGGUUGAGGUUAACCUUAUUCCAGUUGCCGGAGCAGCAGUGGGUAUCGCCAUCCUCCAGAAUUAUGACGUGGCGAAAAUCAUCAACGAUAAAGGCUGCCUUCCAGCAGGAGAAGAGUGGCUAGAAAGAAAUCUCCUAGUAGUGGCCGGUGUGGCUGUUGGCAUAGCCUUUUUACAGAUACUCGGCAUUUGCUUUGCCCAAAAUCUGCGGGCUGACAUUUUCGCCCAGAAGUCCAAGUGGGGUCGUUAAAGGAGAAGAACAGAAUCAUCGGAGUACUUCAAAAUGUGGGCUCGACUACGUCCAUUUUUAUCCUCAUCUGAUUGCUGUCUUAAUUUCCAUGACCCUCCUAUUUCUUCGUAUCGGCUGGUCUGCACGCCCAGGAAUUGUUGACUCUCAUAAUGGAUUUCUCUUUGGGUAUAACUUAAAAGAUACUUAACUUUUUAACUCUUCCGCGCACAAUUGUAGCAACAAGGUACCGAAUUAUUCGAACAAAAGUAUUUGUACAGAGUAACGAGUUGAACAAAGCCUCUUGCAGUAUUUUCGGCCCAGCCUCUCUCAAUGAAGCAUCCCACUUUGAAUUGCGCCACGCUUAAUAAGUUGACGUCAAAUUUAUGGUGGCACUUAAAAACAAAAACUAAUAUUAACUAGAUUGCAGCUAGGCUAACCCUCGUUAUCUUCUCAAAGCCUGUAAAUCUCAUCCUCUAUGUAGUAACUCGUUGGUCUUGAUCUUGGCCCGGGAUGAUUCCUUGUUUUUACCCGGUAACAUGCAAAUAUCUUCGCAAUGAAGCUCUUUCCAAUAUUCACUUUUGAAGUUUUGUCGUGGAUGUUUUAGCCUGACUGAAGUUUCAAGUGAUCUGACUGUUUUUAUAGCCUCAACCAUUCAAUACAUUGUUUUUCUUUA